AUGGACCGACUGCGAGCUGCGUUCGAUGAGGUCGUGGACAUCGUCAAGUCGGCGCUGGAUGGCGAGCCCAAGACGCCAGCGGAGAUUCUGCUGGAUGAGCAUCUUCCCGUGGAAGAAAACGUUUUGGCGUCUUUGAUGUCGAAGAACCAGCAGCAGGCUACGGGCAUUCCGACUUCCGUCGUGAACGAGCUGGCGUCGCGCACGAACAACGUGGUGGACUGCCCCUGCAUCCAGGCGCGGAUCUGGGAGAUCCUCAUCGACCACCAACAGAACCCGACGCUGAUGAAAAAGGCGCUCAACCUGCUGCAGUACCUGCUCAUCAACGGCUCCCAGGAAGUUCUGAACGACACUCGCUCGCCCGCUCGUGCCUCGUUCCUCAUCGAGCUGGCAGCCGAGUACAACAAGUACGAGUUCGAGCAGUACGAAUUCAGCCAAAACUUGGACAUCGGCGCAGGCGUGCGCAAGAUUGCGGCGGAGAUCAAUACGCUGCUGGAAGACGAGGACGCUCUGCUCAAUGCUCGCCAGAAAGCGCAAAAGCUUCAUCAGGAUCUAUCGUCUCGGGGUCUGCGCAGCGCGUACCCAGCACCAAGCCCAACUCGCGCUGGCAUGUCCUUCCAUGAUGAAUCGCGGCCGCCGGCAUACACCAGCACGUCGAGGUUCGGCUCGAGAGACGACGAGGACAUUGCAUCGAGGAUUAUCACUCACCCACCGUCAGAUUCAGACCAUAGCGAUGAAGAGAGAUGA